AUGCCAUCUAUCCUAAGUGACGCUGACAAGGAAACGGUGAAGAGAAGUGUCCCGAAGCCGGCAAACAAGAUCCAUGCAGUCGCAGUUGCGCGGCUGUUUGUGGCAUACCCAGAUCCGCACAAAUGGACCUACACAGGACUGCAAGGCGCCGUCGUCCUGGCAAAUGACUUGGUCGGGCGCACCUUUUGGUUGAAGUUGGUGGAUGUAUCGCCUGCUGGAAGGGGUGUCAUUUGGGACCAGGAGAUAUACGAGAACUUCCAGUACAAUCAAGACCGGACGUUCUUCCACACUUUCGAGCUUGACGAUUGCCCCGCGGGUCUAUCCUUCGCGGAUGAGAAAGAGGCGAAGACGUUCAUUAAGAAAAUGUCGGAGCGGGAGAAGAAUGCAAGCAAAGAGACCCGCCAGACCCCUUUUGCAUCGACACGAGGACAAGGUCCUACACCCGUAGCGAACGGAAAAUCCCACGGCGUAGGUCGUUCGAUAUUCGGCAGCCUGCUGGGACGGUCGAGUGCGCCAACACACAUAACGCCCGCGGAGCUCCCCCCUGCGCCUACUAUUCAAGUCGCUCCACCACCCCCUGCGCCCGCAGCUACCCCUCCACGCAAAGAAUUGCCUUUCGACACUAGUGACCCGUCAUGGAAGGGGCUACUGAAUGAACUCGAGGCAAUGGGAUUUACGGAGGACCAGAUUGCCGAUAAUGCAGAUUUUAUCAAGUCUUAUAUCGAGCAAAAGAAAGCCAGUGAAGGGGAAUCUGCAACACCGCCUGCUGACGACAGGAAAGGCAAGGCGCCGCCCCCCCCACCUCCUUCUGUACCACCCCCUAAGACGAGUGCCGUGAGUCCUCAGCAUACUGGCAGUAGUUCAGGCAGCAAACGCGGUGCUCCACCUCCACCGCCCCCUUCCCGCAAGACCCCAGCUAAAACAGAAGACGACCAAGCUCCUACGCCUCCCCGGGAUCCGUCGCCUCCACGGCCAAGGUUCCGUGCUCCGCCACCUAUCGCAGAUGCCGGCAAGUACGCUCAUACGGCCGGCCAAGCUCCGCCCGCGCGUCCACGGGCGGCGUCAGGAGCUACGCCUGGGCCUCCGCCACCACCUCGACCCCCGAAAGCUCCGGUGGACGAUGCGCCGCCUCGGUUUGGGGUACCACCGCCGUUCCAGGGUGAGCGCAAGGUGUCAGCCCCCCCGGCACCCCCAAGUCGCAGCCCGGCAGGACCUCCGCCUCCUCCACCGCGUACCGCAAGUCCCGCUACACCACCUCAACUCCCGCCCAAAGUUCCCGCAUUCUCCUCAGGCCCUCCGCCGCCCCCACCAAGAAGCCCGGCCUCCCAACCGCCGCCCCCUCCGCCUGUACCUGGUGCAUCGCGGCCAGUUCCUCCACCUACUGCAAGCGUUCCACCACCACCUCCACCACCAGCACGCCCGACACCAACUGUAACCGGACCUCCACCACCACCGCCUCCACCACCAGCAAGUUCCGGACCUCCCAUGCCACCUCCACCUCCCCCUCCAGCCCCUGGAAGCUCCGCGCCGCCGCCGCCGCCGCCGCCGCCCCCAGGGGCCGGUGCACCACCCCCCCCACCACCUCCUCCAGGGGCUGGCGCACCACCUCCACCCCCACCUCCUCCUGGUGCUGGUGCGCCUCCUCCCCCACCUCCUCCUGGUGCUGGUGCACCUCCUCCACCUCCUGGUGGAGCAGCACCACCAUUACCUCAACCUAGUGGAGGUAGGAACGACUUGAUGGCUGCUAUUCGAGCGUCUGGCGGUGGAGGUUUGCGAAAGGUUAAAGAUUCUGAGAAGAAAGAUCGAAGUGCAGCCAUGGUGCCUGGAGCAGCUAGUGAAUCGGCAGCUGCUACUCCUAGCACUGGUGGUGGUCCUCAAGGAGGUUUGGCAGGUGCAUUACAGGACGCCCUAGCGAAAAGAAAACAGAAAGUCAGUGGAAGUGAUGAUGAGAAGGAUGAUGACGAUGAUUGGUAGCGACAUGCAGCUGGGCGCCUUUUCAUUACCUGGUCCUUUUCUGCAUAGGUCUUUCAGUUCGAUACCUACUUCCUCUAGUCUUCUGUUGUAGUCUAUCUCAUAUUGUACGCGGAUUAAUUGCGGAGGCGGUAUGCGAAUCUCCAAAAUUGCGGCGUUCAGUGUCUUGUUCUUCAAACCAGUCAGCCGCAGCUCACGAGGCUACAAAGCGA